AUGGACCCGGACACGUCCAGCUCAGCACCACCGCCUCCUCCGCCACCGGCACCACCGCCGUUGCCACGACAAUGCGACGCGAAACCAUCCUCAAUCGCAUACAAGGUACGAAGUGCACCGCCCGGAUGGGCAUACGAUAGCAAAGUCAACACGCCAGGCAGGGACGAAUUAGCUCCUCCAGUCGGUACAUACUUCUUCUACGGCACGCUCCAGGAUCCCUCGCUGCUAGCCGACAUCCUCGACCUCCCUGUCGCGCCAGUCCUCCGCCCAGCGCGUGUCAUAGGAUACCACCUCGAGCUCUGGGGCCAGUAUCCGGCGUUGGUGUGUGGGCCGACGGAUGCGGUCGUCCGCGGUUCAGCCUGGGAAGUCCCAGACGAAGAGGCUGCUGGGAAGUUGGCGGCGUACGAGACAAACAAUUACGAUGCGGUGCCUUGUAAUGUCUACGAAAGUAGUGACAGCGACGACGGCGAGCAGCGUGUACCGGGCUUUACAUUUGUGUUCUGCGGCGAUCGGGCGGAUCUGACUGAAGGGUCCUUUGAUCUUGAUGUGUGGCUUAGGCGUAUGGACGUAAAUAAGCCUCUGGGUGGAGGUUGA